AACUGUCCUACAAAGUAACUUCAAUAAUGAAUUGACCGUGGGCUCAAGUAUGGCGGAUUUAUCUGCGUGUCGCCGACUGGUAAAAAGACAAAUUUUUCGAAGAAAUGAGAGUUUUCUGCUGCUUGUUGUAAUAGUUGCGUUUUUGUUUAUAUUCUUUAUGUACCAGAAAGUCGGCUGUGAUGUCAAAGAGGAAUCAUUUCGUCGAUUUGACAUCAAAAGAAAUGAGCAGUCAAUAUCGCUAGAAAUGGAGACUUUUCUCUUCAUUGUGAUUUUAACUUCACCAAACGGCAAAGAUAGAAGAAAUGCCAUACGAGAAACGUGGCUGUCUAACGUAGAAACUCUUGAUCCUCCAGUAGUUGCAAAGUUUAUAAUUGGCGUGAAGGAAUUAACUCCGGAACACAUGAAAAACUUGGAAGAUGAAAACAACCUCUAUCAUGAUAUUCUGUUUCUUCCAGAACUCAAAGAUGCCUAUAAAGAGCUUCCUAGUAAAGUAUUGCAAACAUUCAAGUGGAUUGAUCAAAAUGUGAAUUCUUCAUACAUUCUGAAAGUGGACGAUGACAGCUUUGUUCGGCUUGAUCUUAUCAUCUCUGAACUCAAAAGCACUUAUUCCACAAGGAGAUUAUAUUGGGGUUUCUUUCGUGGGGAUGCACAUGUCAAAUUCGCUGGACCAUGGUCUGAAAAGAGCUGGCAUCUCUGUGAUAGGUACUUGCCGUAUGCUCAAGGUGGUGGCUAUACACUGUCCAGUGAUUUGGUAAAUUUUAUCGCAAGAAAUGCUGAUCUCUUGCAAAAAUUCAACAGUGAAGAUGUUUCUGUAGGAACAUGGCUGGCUCCUCUUCAAGUGAAUCGCAUUCAUGACUACAGGUUUGACACUGAAUACCGCUCACGGGGAUGUAAUAACCUUCACAUAGUGAGUCACAAACAGUCAACUGCUGACAUGUAUCAAAAACACACUCAGCUCAAGGAGAAUGGAAAGCUUUGUCUUCAAGAAACUCAUCUACGAAAUUCAUUCAUUUACAACUGGGAUUUACCACCCACACAGUGUUGUAAAAGAAUUGGUGGAAUACCUUAGGCUUACAAAUAAUAAUUGAAAAAAGUUUCCAAAUUUUAUUCUGCAAAAUUUAGAAAGCUAUUUAAAAAGUUGUUCAAUGCACUUCUAGUUUGGAGUCAAAAGUCUGUUGCAUUUCUUUGGUUUUUCAUUACAGUCCAAUUUGUCAUCCAAUCAAAAAUAAAGCAAAACUGAUCGUGACUUGCUCAGUAUGCUUCACGCCAUCUAAACCUAUUUGCGUCAAGUUUGAUUGGUUCACUGGAAUUGUAGGUGAUCUUUGUGAGUGGCCAGAGUGAUUGCUUUGGUUUUGAGAUUGUGGCAAUCAAUUGAAAACUGCUCUGUUAUUCAACAAAUUGUCACAAUACGGUCCCAGAUGAUUGUAUAUUCUGCCUGCAGGUGUUUAAAAUGAUAAUGGCCAUACCAGUAUUUAUCCCCGGGGGGACUCCCUUAUAAAAAGGAUGGGGGGUGCUUGUCUGAAUUAUUUUUGAAAAAAAAAAAAC